AUGCAUCCACAACUCGAAGCUGAGCGCUUCAAUUCAUGUUAUCAAUAUAUUGAGGCCCUUGACAAAUGUCAUCAAGCUGAGUACUACAAAAGGGCGUUAGGACUUUGCAGUAUCGAGAAAGAGGCCCUGACCAGAUGCCUACAUGACGCUAGACUGUCUGGGGAGAAGGUGAAGAUCUUAGAAAGCCGGGAGAAGCAGAAGAAAGUGCAUGCCAAGUGGAAACAGUUGCAAGAAGAAGAAUAUGGCGAAGAAGCUAUACUGAAAAAAAUCAUUCAAAGGCAAAUGGCUAAAGCACAGGACAAGGUGGAAAAGACGGAUUAG